CAACAGAGCAAAAGUACGCGAGUGUGAGUGGGCUGGUGGGUUGGCGUGCGUCUGGCGUGCGGCAUCCCUUGAGCCAAGGCGAAGCCGCGAAGGAAGUUAUGACUCUGGCGGGUGUGAGCGAUGUAGCCGUAGGAGGUAAAGUAGGGAGUCAGUCGUACCGAUAGCCAGAGAGGAUUCGUGGUGUAUGGUGUAGUGCUGGAGGAUUUGAUGCGUCUCAGGAUGUUGGCCCGGCUGGAAUGGAGGAAUUGGUGCCGAGACGGAGCUGAGGUUGAGGAUGGUGAUGGGUGAUGGGUGGUGACAGACGGCAGAUGCGGAGUGGACGUUGGCAGAUGGCAAAGGGCAGAUGGGUACGGAGGUACGGAGAAGAGGACACAACAUGGAAGGAGACAACGUGGGCAACGGCCGGGCAUGCGGAAUUCUUGGCUGUCAGUCUGAGACGAAAAGGGAGAGUCCAAACCGCUGGAGAAUUUGGAUGGUUUGGUGCCUUCCCUUGGAACGUAUUAUCUAAGGUACCUUACCUCAGAAGAUGGAAGCCGAAAAGAGCAAGAUGCAGCACCUUGAUGAAUGAUCAUUUACAUCGGGCAAGAAAGAAACACCAGAGAUGGAAGCGACGAUAUCGGCUCUUUCCCGGUGCAGGGUGUUUGUGCCUGAUCUUUCCUCUCCAUUCUUCAAACUCGUGGAGUCCGGACCCACUCGGCGUUGGCAUCGCCUGCCUCUUCCUGUUCCUGAUCUGCCAUGUCACGUUGUUCCUGCCUCUUAAUGGAAAGCUAGGUACAAGCUCAUAAUGCCCCGUUUCUUGGUCCUCCUUGGUCCGGGCCUUCUCUAACAAUCGCCGGCGGGAGACAUGGGCGAGGGUACAUCCUGAAGAUGGAAGGCAAGGCAUGGAAGGCAAGACCGAAAGUAAGGUACGUA